UCCUUGCUUGUCAGUAUUUGUUAAGUAAAUAUAUCGAAUGAAUCAAAUCAUAAAAAUUGAUUUUUUUUCCCUGCACAGUGAAAGACGACGAGAAAAUUCAACUGGUGUCGUGAAGGUUUCUGACAAUGUCCUUGACAUUACGUACCCAAAUCGCAAUGAAUGGUCGUCAGCGUAUUACGUAGCUGCCACAGAUUACGAUCAAUACUCGAUAGUCGUUGGCUGCCCAGAGAUAACAGGCACAGAACCCAAUGUGUAUGUUAUGUUCCGGAGUAAAAAUCCAAACGAAUUAGCAAGAAAAGCGGCUGAGGAUUCGUUGAAGACCUACAAUUUGGACAUCAAAGAUUUCUACAAGGAAUGUUAACAGCUCGGCGAGCGGGCACUCGGCACAGAUGGGUCUUAAAUAGCACGACGUAGAAAUGACUUUGUAGAACAGCACAAUGGAGACUUAUCCUUAUCGAACGCUGCAAUGAGAAAAUGACUAAAUGGGCAUAUUCUUUGGCGUAGCCAGUCGUAUUUACACAUGUAUUCACUGUUUUGAUCUACUGUAAAAUAAAUAAAAUUUACAAUUCUGAAAUUCGCA